AUGGCCACACCGACUGCAUCAUCUGGAGGGGCGUUGACAUCUUUGAAGAUGAAAAUGCAGAGUCUCAGAGAUGAAAUGGACAAAACGAAGGAUCUCUAUGAUGCCAAGUGCAAUGAAUUGGAUUUGGAGAAGGGAUUGAGAGCCAAGGCUGAAGAGGACUUGAGCACAUUAACCAAGAAGCUCAGAUUAAUAGAAGAGGAUUAUGAACACAUCCAGACUCAACUACAAUCCACCAAUGAAAAAAUAUUAGAACUCAGCAAAACCUCUGAUGAAAAUGAAAGAGCUCGAAAGGCCUUAGAAUCUCGACAGAACAUGGAUGAUGAGAAGAUGCUCAAGUUGGAGCAGUGGUUGAAGGAGUCGAAAGCUUCUUGUGAGGAUGCUGAGAAGAAAUAUGAAGAUGUGUCAAGGAAGUUGACAAUUUGUGAAACUGAACUGGACAGAGCUGAAGAAAGAGCGAUUGCUGCCGAGACGCGUGUAAAGACAUUGGAUACAGAGGUGCAUCUCAUUUCAACCACUCUCAAAUCUCUGGAAAUUAGUGAAUCCAAGGCCUCAAAGAAAGAGGACACGUAUGAAGGAACAAUCAAAGAGCUGACCUCCCGUCUCAAGGAGGCUGAAGGAAAGUCAGCUGAAAUGGAAAGAAAUGCUGGAAAACUGCAGAGAGAAGUUGAUAGAUUGGAAGAGGAGUUGCUGUUGUCACGAGAAGAAAACAAGAAGUUGAGGGAAGAGUUUGAUGCUGCUUUCCAGGAGAUACAAAACAUUUGA